AUGACAAAGCCAGUGCAUCGAGUGCUAUUGUGGAAUCUAGUACACUUGAACGGUCCACGAACUCGCGUCCCUAUAAUUCUCCCAGCAUCGAGUCUAUGGAGACCGACAAGAGCGAAACUGCCACGCAAGACAUCCAUCGCGUAUCAGUAUGUCAAGACUCGGCAGAAAGAAUUUGACGCCAUCUUCUGGUUGAACGCAGACACCGCCGGGAAGCUGGCCAGCAGCUUUGGAAGAAUGGCAUUGAAGCUGAAAUUACAAGGGCCAAAGGACGAUAGGGACCGAGUGAUGAGUAGAGACCUAGUCCUUCAAUGGCUUGCGAAUCCAGUCAAGACAUACAGAAGUCAGAACGAGGCACGAACACCCAAAGCUCGUUGGCUACUGGUGUUUGACAACGUUGAUGAUUUCGGACUCAUGGAAGACUUUUGGCCUCCGGAUGGGGCUGGCUCUGUUCUCAUGACGAGUAGAAAGCCGCAUGCUGAUAGACUGGCGCUUAACUUUGGUACAGAUGGCGAUGAUGACUCUACUCACAACAUCCCGCUCGACCCCUUCGCCGAAGAAGAAGCGCGAGAAUUUCUGUACAGGCUGACAAGGCAGAAACAUACUCCUGAUAGCGACGAAGCAGCACUCAAACUUGCUCGCCGCAUCGAAGGUUACCCGCUAUUUCUCACACAACUUGCUGGCAUGAUGAAUGAUGGAUCUUCUAGCUUCAGCGACCUGCUCAAGAUGUACAAUGAGGAUGCCCACCAUCACAAGUUGCAUGAAGGAAGACGCGAGAUCAGGAACAGUAAAUACCGACCUACAACUGCCACAGUGUGGAUGCUAGAGAAGCUUGAUCCAGCUGCUCGCAUGGUCAUGAAUGUAUUAUCUUUCUUGGACCCAGACCAUAUUCAGGAAGAAGUCCUGACGAAGGGUGCAGCAAAAGUCAAGGCUGGCGACUACCCAAAGACCUGGAUCGACUAUGUUGCGGCGCGCGACGCACUUUGGAGGCGAUCACUCGUCAGAAUUGAGGAGGAUCGCAGCAAGCUAAAGCAAACCGAAGGCCCGGCAUCCAAAGUAGCAUCUGGGAAAGACAUAGCAUCAGGAAUACAGCACAGACUCGAUGAAGAGGGGCUAGAUCCGCAACGUGAACCUGCCGAAGAAGUCGAAGAGCAGGCCAAACCGCAAUUGAGCGUUCACCGCGUAGUUCAGGAUGUGUCACGUUCUAAAAUGAACGAGAGAGAACAACGUGAAGCCUUUGACGCUGCCAUCAGUCUGCUCCUCACGCGCUGGAACCGGAAGGAGAGACUUUGGCACUACGAUCGCAAAGACUGGCCACGAGCCGAACAAUUGUAUCCGCAUGUGGUCAACUUACAGUACCAUUACGGCAAAUUUGAAUCAAACGCCCAGAAGAACGUGGCAAGCAUCGAUUUUGUGAGACUGUUGAAUUGCGCUGGAUGGUUUGACCACGAACGAGGGAGAUCUCAAGAAGCCAAGGAAAUACUGGACACAUCGCUUGCAGUCUGCGAGAAUCAUUUGGAUAGCGACGAGGAUCUCAUGUUCGAGAUUCACACCAGUCUUGGCUGUGUGGCUACUGAGAUCAACGAGCCAGCCACCUGUCACAAGCACUACAAGCAUCUCUUGCAUAUGACCGAAAAGAAGUACCCCAAGCCCCAGAGCGAAGACGAAUACGACGCGUUGAUGGUAGCAAAUAACGAGAUGGGUAUCGCGGAGAUGAUGAUAGGCAAAACUCACGAGGCCUGGACAUUGUUCGAAACGGCGCGGGAUCAAGCAUCUCGUUUCCGCGAUUUGUCGGCAAUAGCGAAGUCCAUAUAUCUCCUGGCGUCUGCCAACCUUGGCUUAGCUCAAUGGACCGAAGGCGACCACGAGAAAGCUUCUGAGACCCUGUUACAUGCAUGGGAGUACCACAAGGAACUGGCCGACGCCGGGGAAGAUACGGGUUUCGGCAAUGAGAAAGAAAACCAAGCGCUGGGAUGGUACAAAAGCGCAUAUGAACACUACGAGAAAACGAUUGGCAAGUAUCACCACCGAUCAGCGGAUGUUUGCCACAGUCUUGCCAGACAGUACAUCAAGCUUAAAGACUUUGAUCAAGCACGCGACCGCAUUGACGACGCUCUGAAAGUCUUCCGAUCCCGGUCUUACUACAAACCGGAAUUCGCACGGACCACGAACCUGGAGAGCAUCCUACUGCGAAGUCAGGGUAAGCCCGAAGAGGCUGACAAGAUCUACGAAGAGGCCAAGAGACUAUAUGGCAAGCAUAUGGAAGAGGCGAGGAAAGCGAAGUUCAAGAGCAAGUUGCCGAAAGAGGCGGACUUUGACAAAAACGUAGCAUUCUGGUCUCGGUAG